UCUCGAUACUUUAGGCUUUGUGUUACCAACUAAUAUUUGUUUUCUUUUUUGGAUAUUUUUCUGCCUGUAUUGAGUUUAUUUAUUUUUCUCAUGGCUUGCUGGAUUUGUGGCUUAUCAUUGCACUCUUACUCCUGUGUUAUAUUUGCUUUAACCAAAAGAAUUGGUGGUGGUUCUUUGCUUUAUUAUUCCUUUAUCUCAUAUUGAUGCUCUGUAUGAAAAGUUUGGAAGCUUUGUGUCUUUAAUUUCUAUUUUUUCCAAGAUGCUUCGUAGUGUCCUGUUUCUUAUAUGCGGUGUUUGUUCUGUCGUAUCGAUUUGCGGGGUCUUGAUGACUGGUUUUUUGCACCUGUUCUGAGAUUUUUUUUUGUGUGUUUGAAAAAAAACCCCGAAAGGAUCGAUAAUUAUAGUGAUGACCGCAGCCAAUAAGUCUUGUUCAGACUAUCUGAAUCGGCUUUGUGAAUGUUUCUUGGUGAUUGAUUUCAUCAUUCAAUGAAGAACAAGCCGUCGUCCUUAAAGUCUUAUCAGAUCUUUUCCUGUUUUUUCAGAAUACCUCAUCGGAUCUUUGUUGCACUUUGCCAUGCAAUUUACUCAUUACUCCAUCAGUUAAGUUAAAUCUCAAUUGAUGGAAAUUUUCUGUGUACUUUAGCCUAGUUUACUCGUGCAUAAUCCGGAUAGAUAUAGUUCAGUGGAUCCUCGUCUUUGUGAUAUGGCUAUAAGAAAAGAGGCGAGCUAACACUGGUUGGGAAUAUUACUGAGCGUUAGAGCAUAUGGAAUGGCAGAGAGAACGAAAUUGGAUGACUGGCAACUCACACUUGAACAGCACGGGCCCUUUCUGUGGAUUUUGACACUUUUUUUAUUUUCAGCUAUUCGAUGAUCAUUUAGAUAUGCCAUGCUUUAUCCUUUUAUUCUUCUAUAUAAUGGAAUUAAAAUAGCUAACAUCUUGACAACGAGGUGCCUCUUAGUCAUCAAUUUCACAUGCAAUCUCCUGUUCACUUCCAUUUAUAAUCUCCAAUUAAAUUGCUACCUACUUACUUUAUGUUAGUUCUAUUAAUCUAUAAAUUUUUGAUUCUUUAAAGCAUUCCCUGAUAGAAGAUUUUUCGAUUCCUGCCCUCUGGCUCUGCAGUUUGCUACGUGAAAAUGAACAUUCUCUGUGAAGAUGUCAGAACAUAAUUCGGGCAUGUAUGUUGAGAAAUUCUAACUAUAAAUUCUAGAUCCUAAUGUGUUGGAUUUUGAUUCGGUUUCAGGAAAAUGUGUCUAAUUAUGUUCUGUUCUUAUGCUGAAUAAUAUGGAUGUCUUAAUUCUAGAGUUCAUUGAUUGAUAAAUUAUAGGUUAUUUUUUCUCGUAAUUGUAUAUUGGGUACCCUUUGAUAUUUUGCUCCUAAUUUUUAUUUCUGUGUUAUCUGAGGAACCCGAGUUAAUAGAACCAUACAAACUCCAUUGUGCCAGGUAACUUUCCUCAAAAAAUAUAGCAAAACACUCCUAUAAUUUUUUUAACAAUAUAACUUUUACCACUGCCAUUUCUUUCUUUGUUUAUUUUUCUCCUUUUUUUUCUCUUCUGGUAUGACUGACAUGCUUUCCUACAACAUAGAUUAAUGUUAAAAAGAUUGGAAUUCCGUAUAAAGUAUAAACCGUCUUUUAUUUUUGUUCAAAGCUCAACUUGACUAGUGUGACUCUUUGUUGUGAGUCUUGUGACUAUCAUGAAUGCAGUCACAACCAAGAUUCCUUAUCCACCAUGCCAUGUAUGUUGCCUACUUCAUGCUUUAUCUAAAUCCAUGCAGGAUUAAUGUGCUUGGUUUGAGUAUUUUGCUUUCUUCAUGUCAGCCAUACAGUUUGCCUGAACCGAGCACAAGCAUCUAUGGUGUAUCAUGAUCCCCAUUGAUAGUGUACUCCAAUGGAUUUAUAAGCUACAGGAUCAAUUCUUUUGAUGCUUUGAGGUGAAGGAUUCUGUCCACCUUUCUUGUUUUCUUGGGCUUGCUUCCCUGAUGGUUGCCGAAUGUUUCAAGAAUAACAUCGCUUCCAUGAUCUCUCUAAUGCAUUCUUAGUGAUCUGCACACUGCAGGACUUAUUUGGAGCUUCAUUAGAAUGCCAUUCAUUGAUUGUCUAAGUUCUUCUUCGACUUACUUUUCCUUUUUUCUCUAAACAAUUGUCUAAGUUCUUCGAUUGGUUCAUGCUGUGGAUCUUCACAUUCUUUGAUAUCUUCUGUAGGUUCUAAUACCCCUUCCCCAGGGUUUGUGCUGUGAGUUCUAUGGUUUUGCUAUCAUAUGGUGACAAAGAGUGCACAAACUAACAUACCUACAUCUUAUCUUGGCCUUAUAUUCCAAUGCACUCCACAUUAUUCUCACAAACUCCUGUACUUUGGUGAGAUUUUACUGUUCUUAACAAUAAGCAAAUGACCGUACUUAUUUUUUGGGUUACUGCUAUUUAGAAAAAAUAUCCUUCAAAAUCCUACUAGUGUCAUCAUACCAUUGGUACUUCAAUUUGCAUUAUUUUAACAUGGCUUGAUGCAGCACACUUUUCACAUAAUUAACUUAUCUUAGUUCAUUGGUUGGUUCUUCACGUGCAUCUUCUUUGCGUGAAUUACUAAUCAAUUUCUUCAGAGCUCUAUCACUUGUGUUUUAUAUAUUCCAUCUACUUCAACCUCCACUUACAAUGCCCAAUCUGAUACAAUUGAUGUAGCUGAUAUCACAGACUGCUAUCUAACUUCAGAAUUUUGUCCUUGUUGGGGCUUUCUUUACCACAAAUAGUCAGCAUGGUCACUUCAAGUACUAUGAUUCCACAUUAUGGCGAUAAGCAACUUUAUAACACUUGUCCCCUCAUUCAAAAGAUUACAUAUUAUGCUAUUUUUGUUUUACAUUUCCAUUAUAUAUACUUCUUAUUGCUACUUUACAAAGAUUUGUACAUUUGUGAGAUUUUGUGCUCUUGUUAAGUAACUCUCAAUGCUCUUUGUUGAUCCACCACGAAAACCAGGAUGCAUCUGUGAAGGCAUUUAUAUAUAUGUGAUGUACAUAUGCAUGUCAGACUCUGAUUCAUCCUUAUCUAUGUGACUCAUGCAGAGUGGUCUUUGUAUUUGUGUACUUUUGCAUAAAAGAUAUUAUUUGAUCUAUGAGCCAUUUGUUCUAAGCCAUCCAGUUCUUUUGUUGGUUUAGGAGUCUGCUGACUUGCAAUGGGUAAUAUUUCUAGCUUUCUGCUCAGCCUAGAAGCAACAUUUAUAGAGAACUGUCUUGUGAAGAAGAAUGUAGUCUAUAAUGCAUUAAUAUAACCAUAGAUUUAUAUAUAUAAAUAUAUAAUCGGGGAAUGGUGUAUUUGUACAUGCCAACAUCAGUAUUCGUUUCCUAGUCUGACCCCUAGUUUGCAUUUGGAGGUACUUGGUCUAUCAGUCUUCCUCUUCCAUAUUCUUUGAAACCAACAUUCUGUUGUUGGUUUUUGUUCAAAGACAUGAUAUAGGACUCAUUGCUUGUGGUACUGCAGAGAUGGAAUCGCUGCAUGUUUUGAUUUCAGGCUGGGUUGGCUGUACUUUUUCUGUUACAAAGUCAUGCUACUCAUGAAAAUUUCGCAUCAUUGAGGUCGCAUUAGUUGUUUAUUACUGAGAAAUAAUUAGAAACAAUUAGCAUUAUUUUGUCAGCAUUUUAUUAAAAUAUGGUCUAAGCAUUCUUGAGACCUUUGUAUAAUGAUGAAGAACAAUAAAUUUUCUCAAACACAAGAUUUUAGCGCACAUGACUGCAGUAGGUUUUCAGGCUUCUGCAGAACAUUAUUGUAUUACUAAAAGCAAACUCCCAAGUAGUGUGUGAGCUCUUUUUAGGAGGUCAUCCAUCUCCAUACCAUGUGCACCACAUUUAGCACAUUCUAGUAAAGGUAAAAUAAAAGAAGAGAAAGAGGGUCUAUGCCUCCAAUAGAACCAGAAAGAUCUAAUUCAUUAUGUUGGGCUUCCCUUUCUCUUAUAGAGUUGUAAUUACCUGUAUGACACCUGAUGAUAUUAGUCUGUCCAAAGACAUACACGAACGUGCACGCAUAAAGCUUUAUACCAUAAGGACAAUCAUACAGUGCUGAUUAUCAAAUAAGCAACCCAUCCCUCCAAGUUGGGGCACAUAGAUCAAGCUUACCCAACUUUAGGCAAGUAGGUCAAAGGUCUUUACAACAUAGAGCAUCUAUAAAAAUGUCAGCAGGUUGAUUUUCUAAUCUAAUAUGACUAGCUCCCUAGUUGUGUAUCCUUGCAAACCACUAUCAGAGGAUGGCAGCUUAUCUCAUUAUGAUCAGUUCUCAAAUGAUGAACAGAAACUAAUUUAAUGCAUCAUAGCUAUGCUAGCAUUCGACAACACCACUUGAUCUGCCCUUUUUAUUGUAUUUGUUUUUACCAUAUUUGUGUUGAUUGAAGUUGCUUAAACCAUAUAAGCUGCAGAGACUAUGGGAUGACGACUGAAAUAUACUUCGAAAACUACUCUGCAUGCUUCCAACUGUAAACUGAAUUCUUGUAAUGCAUCUAGAUAUUUGUUUUCCUGCACGCAUUUUGGUAAAGUUGGUCUUCUUUGCAUUUGAGUAGAUUAUACAUUUCUAGAUAGCGUUCACAUUUUUGUGCUUGUUCCCUCCAUGUAAGGACACUGGCUAGUGCAUCUGCUCAAGUUCCUGCUUUGCUUUAUAGGUGUAUUUGUUCUUUUUUUUCAAUUUUCUUCUUAUAUUAGCAUAGUUUACAUAUAUAGAGGCAUGGAAUAAACUGUCCUGGAUUUGAUUUAUAUUUUUGGAAAAAAAAAUCCUGCUAAAGUAUUUGCUGUGAGCAGAUCUUGAAAAUUUCUUUGAGGAAUCAAUGGCAGAUAUACAUGUCUUGGACUCUGCCGAAAGGUGUAAUGAAAGCAUAAUAAAUAAAGAUUCAGGUGCAGGUGCAGGUGCAAAUGCAGCUUCAAGGGCAGAUAUGCAUACUAAUGGUGGGGAGAGUGGCAAUGUUGGAGAUAUUGCUGUGGGGAACAUGAAAAAUAUGCAGAUUGAAUUAAAUUCUGAUAAUAGGAAUUCUAAAAGAGUAAACCUGCCGAGCUCUCCUAGGAGAACUGUCGACAUGCAACCUGCCUUUCUGACAAGGCUAUGCGAACAAGAUUCAAUUGCAGGAUCUCAUGGAGACCUGAACAAAAUGGAAGGAGCAAUUUUAGAUGAUAAGUAUGAGCAUGAUGAGUCAGAUAAGAAGGAAACUGGCAUAUGCCUGCCCAGAAACAGCAAGGGUUUUGGCAUCAUCGAUCCUGAGACAGUUGCAGCUGAUACUACUGAUGAUAAGAUUUUUAUUGCAGGUCCAUAUAAUAAUGACCUGAGUACCAAUUCUAUAUCAUGUAGCCUAAAAGAGCUGAAGCCUGAUCAAGCACAGAUUGAAGUUGAGUGUGCAUCCCAUAUUGGAACCUCAAAUGACCAUCACAAAGAAAUGAUUAGAAUAAAGAAGCACCAGGCAUCAGGCUUGGUCGAAGCAUCUGCUCAUGAAGAUUCUAUGUUAGCAAAAAAUGGAAGCAAUGUGAAAUCAGCCUCAAGCUCAGGUUCUGCAGAGUGCGGGGAUGCUGGCUUGGAAUUAGGUGAUGCAGAAGACAAUACUGAAAGGAUCACUGAGCAGUCUACUGGCUUCCAUAUUCUUGGUAAACCAUGUUCAGGUGAUGUGCUAUCUGUAGACAUUAAUAUUAUGAGCAAGGUUGGUACGGCUGCGGUGUCGCAAUCUCAGGAUGUUGGCAAUAAUGAAACUUGGCAAGCAAAUACAAACACAAAAGAUGAGCCUGCUUUAUUUGAGUCUCAAUCAGCAUGCAAUGCAAAUCCUAGAAGUCUGAAAAAGGGUAAAGAAAAAGUUCGCUAUGUUGAAGACAGUGGGAGAGUUUCAAUAGAGAGAGGGGACAGCAAUGAAAGUGUUGAAAGCAGUACUAGCAGAAGUUUAGCAUCAACACAGAAACGAGCACGGAGUUGCAACUCAAAGAUGUCCCUAGGAAGCAAAAGAUCCAAAAAAGAAAGCAAUGAGAGCUCUUGCUCAGGAUCUUUUCUCAGAAAAGAAAACUCUUUUAUGAAUUGGAUUUCAACCAUAACUAAUGGUUUUUCCAGACAUGGUCAAAUAGCACCUUCCUUGGCAAUUGUUCCAAAAUCGUCUAACACUAGGAAAGAAAGCUUGGGUCCUUUUCCCUUGACAGAUGAUAAAAGCGACAGCAUUGCCUGCAGAACAACGGGUUUUAACUCCAUUUUUCAAUCUCUCUACUGUCCAAACGUCACCGCACAUAGUGGGCCAAAUUAUCAUAAUAAUCAAAGAGAAGCUGAUGCCUUGAAAAAACUAGAAGUUAUGAGAGAGCAACUGGAUUAUGGUAAUCAUGUGGACGGGGAUAGUCUGGAAUUGAAUAUAAACAUAAACACUACUGUAACAAGUCAGGAGACACAUGAUGUUUCAAAAGAACUUCAUGUUACUGGUAAACCUUUUGCCAUUGGCAGCCCUCAUUCAGUCUGCGAUAGGGAGGGUGGCAAAUUAGAUACUAUUGUAUCUUUUUCAGGUGAGAGGCUUGACCAGGGUACUUAUCAAGUGGAGUUUCCAUCAAACACAAUCAUUUUAUCUUCCACUAGCUCUACUGUUAAUCAGAAAGUAAAACAGGCUUGCACUGUGAACAACAUUGGAUCUUCAAGCUCUUCAGCAAAGAGCGGUUCUGGAUCUCCUAAAGACAAGGGAACUGGAGUACCUGGUUCAAUUCCAAAUAGCUCUUUAAAUCAGUUAUUCGACAACAGAAGUGGUUUUUGUCAGAACUUAUGGAUAACUCGGCUGUUGCCAAAAGCUUCGUCACCAAUAUUAAAUCCAGUACCUUGCAAUCUGGGUGCAGGAGCAACUCAGAAUCUCAAUAAUGAAAAUAGUAUGUUAAGCUCUCCUUCUCAAGGUAAAGUUGCUCCUGGGAAGGAGCAUAAAAAUUCAGAGAACUGUAGCCUCUCUUACCUAGAAACAAGAAGGGGUGCUAGAAAUGGAGGAAUGAAGCCAUAUCCAACGUGUUCUACAGAUUCAUAUGAUUUAAAGGAGCCAGGGGAUCACAAGCUCACAUCUAAGCUAAGUCCAAUACAACCUUCACAAAGAUUUAGAAACUCAGAAUCAAUAGCAUCUCUCUUUGCAAAGAGAUUGGGUGCCCUUAGACAUAUCGUGCCUCCAAAAAUUUCAGAUGGCACAUCAAGUGCAGCCAUAAUCUGCUUCUUUUGUGGAAAGACUGGUCACAGCUUAAGAGAAUGUUCUGAGCUAGUUGAAUCUGAUCUCGAGGAUCUUCUGAAAUAUAUGAAUUCACAAGAUGGCACAGAUAUGCCAUUCGGUUUAUGCAUUCGAUGUUUUCAGCUCGACCACUGGGCCAUUGCAUGUCCGCGUGCAUCCUCAAAAGGAAAUAGCAGUGAUAAUUCUUUCAUUGUUAAUAAUGAGAACUCUGGCAAGGUUGAUGGAAGUCAUGGACAACAUAGUUCUGCGAAUUAUGAUGGAAGAGGUGUUUUAUGGUCUGAAGACAAACAGGAGCAUCAGCAGCAUGUCAGCAUAUAUGAAAUUCCUCCAAUAAGAGAGUCAAGAGUGAAGACCAAGCUUGCAGUACAUGGAAGCAGCAGUGUUGAUGAAGUUGCAGGCCCUAAUACAAGUGGUUUAUAUUCAAAACCAGUCAACGAGGAUCUGGCAGAAAGGAGAAUUAAAUUGAAGGGCAGGGCUUUGAAUUCAGAAGAUGAUGAGUUAAAGGAAAAUUGUAUAAUACCAUUCUGUAAUUUUAUGGCUACUGAAGUACGUGAUGAGCCAACUGAAAUUUUUGAGACAAUAAGGAGGCUUCGUUUAUCUCGCAUUGAUGUCAUCAGGUUGCUGAAAUCACCAGUUGCCCAAUUUAGCGUAGAAGGUUUUUUCGUGCGCCUGCGGCUCGGAAAGUGGGAGGAAGGACUGGGGGGAACAGGGUAUCAUGUGGCUCGCAUUAAUGGUACAAGUUUUGGAAACUGCCUUUCUGUAAGCAUAGGGAGUUCCACAUGCCUUGUGAAAUAUCAUACUGUGGAUGAACUAAAGGACUGGUUGUCUGCUAUCAUGAAAGGAGAUGGUGAACUGCCCUCAAGAGAAGAGUUGAACAAGAAACUUAGUGAGAGGGCGGAGCUUGGAUUCUAGAAACAAAUGAUCAACCAAUGAUAUGCCUCUAAGAUAUCCUGUUGCCUUCAAGAAAAAACUUGAAUCUGAUCCAGAUUGCUUAAGAUUACUUAGAAUUGAGGUCACACCUCAACCGAGCUAUAUUAAUCAUCUCAAUUAGUUGGAUAAUUAUAAAAGUAGCUGCCAAAAGAGAGAUUGUUGUGCCAGUCUUAAAGAGGUGCUGCAUAAAAUAGUUGGUGGAUAUGAUUACAAGGUAUGGCAUGAAUAGAUAUUAACUGUAUUGGUGUGUUACAUGAAGAAUAGCUGGUAAAUUUCAAGUGUGGUAUUAUUUAUGUUGUAAAAAAAAAAAACUAGUUCUGAUACUUGUGCAGAGAUACUCUAUUGUCUUUGAAUCCUUUCCAUCACUUCUCUUGAUCCAA